CGUUUGUGUGUGUGUGUGUGUGUGUGUGUGUGUGUUGCAGUUAGGCGGGAAGAACGUCUCUCACGGCCGUUUUAGACGUUGGCCUGCAAACAAUGAUGUUUCCACUGUGCUCCUCUAAGGCAGGAAGUCAUUAUGUGACUAACACAUUUUCAUCAGAUUUCCUUUGAUUUACCCUGAAGUGUAUGAGGAUGAUGUGCACUGCCAAAAAAUGUGGAAUUCGAUUCCAGCCUCCAGCUAUUAUCUUAAUCUAUGAGAAUGAAAUCAAGGGGAAAAGUCGCCAGCGGAUCAUGCCAGUCCGCAACUUUUCAAAGUUUUCAGAUUGCAGCAGAGCUGCUGAACAGUUAAAGAAUAAUCCCCGACACAAGAUUUACCUGGAACAAGUAUCCCUAAGGCAACUAGGGAAAUUAUUUCGUGUUUUACGAGGUUACUUAUGGGGGCAGAGUUUGGCAGAAACAAUGCAACAAAUUCAACAAGAAACAACCAUCGACCCCGAGGAAGACAUGAACAAACUUGAUGAUAGGGAACUUGCCAAAAGGAAGAGCAUCAUGGAUGAACUUUUUGAGAAAAAUCAAAAGAAGAAAGAUGAUCCAAAUUUUGUUUAUGACAUUGAAGUUGAGUUCCCACAAGAUGAACAGCUACAGUCCUGUGGCUGGGACACGGAGUCAGCUGAUGAGUCCUGAUAGCACACACGCGAAGAAUUGAUUGGACUUCUAGAAAAUUCAUGUUUAUCCAAAGCAUGCUUCUAGAAAAUCUGUGGAGAACCCUAAUACAUCUGUGUUUCGUCAUAAUUGGAUUGAUCUUGUUACUUUUGUCCUAUUUUGUUCUGAGGUCACAUUUGCUAAUGUUCAGGGCCUCUUCCUGGCUCAGUGCUCAGAGGUUACGUCUGGCAUUGCUAGAGGGACCAUAUGUGGUGCUAAGGAUGAACCGUUGCAGGCCAUUUGUAUGCAAGCAUGUGCUCCAGCCUGUUGAGCUCUAUCUCCAGUCCUGACUGUGUUAGUGUUCAGAACCAGGAUACUUAGAGCAAUUACUGAUAAAUGUAUGACUAACAAAGGAAAACUACAAUUUAAUUUAAUAU